AUGCUCUCCAUCAACGCUCCCUCCACCACCCCCAAAAAUCUCACCCCCAACCUCCUCCCCUGCGCAAUCAAACACAAUGGCCCCAUUAACGCCUCCAAACGCUACUGGUCUCCCACCACCACCACCACCUCCACAAAUACAACCGACAGCAACGACACCAGCACAACAACAAGCACAUCCUACUUCCGUGGCCGCAAACUGCAAGGCCGCCCCGUCACUCUUCCCUCAGGCUACAUGGGUGUAAUCCUGCAGAAAAGCAACAAAGCCCUCCCUGCGAGUCUAAAACCACCUAGCGCCGAGGCGUUAAGACGAAUGGAAGAAGACGGGGAUGAGUUGGGAAUGGGUGCGGGCGGAAGUGUAGACGAACCGCUGGAAGUCAAAACACUAGACACGACUGCUGUGUUUGACGGGAUGAUGGUGUGGGAGCACGAGGGCGUGGCGCGCGAGGAGGGCGAGGAUGUGUAUGUGCGGGGGGUGAGGGAGUGGAUUGGGUUGGCUGAGGCGAUGCACUCUUACGACAUUCCACAAGACGAACACGACCGAUGA